AUGAUCCGGCUUGAGGAGGCUCGUGGCGUGGCUAGAAGUAGUAGCGCGGUUGGCGAUGGUUUGCGUUUCCACAGGAAUGGAGGGUUUGCUCGAGAUGACUUCCACACAGGUUGGCCCUUCUCCAACACAGUCUGUAAGAUGAGUGGUUUUGUGCAGGGCGUCUCUGUGUCGGCAUCAGUCUUCACCCUGGUGGCCAUCGCUGUCGAAAGGUUUCGUUGCAUAGUUUACCCUCUACAACCCAAGCUGACUCUGCUUGUUGCCAAGGUCGCCAUUGUGUCAAUCUGGGUAUUGGCAGUAGUCAUCCUGUGUCCGGCUGCAGUAGCCCUCACGGUGGAGAAAGUCCCAUUUCAUUACAUGGUGCACAACAACGACUUCAAUCAGACCUUGCCUUUGUACACCUGCUACGAAAACUUUGCCAAUCCACAGAUGAGGAAGAUCUAUACCGCAGUUCUGUUUGCCCACAUCUACCUGCUGCCCCUCGCAGUCAUCACACUGAUGUACAUCAGCAUCGGAGUCAAACUUUGUUCCUCCGUGGUCGCAAACAGGGAGCCGCAACUGGCCAACAUCAGGAGACACGGUCAGCAAAUGGUAUCGCAGAAAAAGAUCAAGGUGGUGAAGAUGCUGGUGGUGGUGACUUUGCUUUUCAUGGUGUCAUGGCUGCCACUCUGGACACUGAUGAUGAUGACAGACUAUGGAGGCUUGGACAGGGACCAACUGGACCUCCUGACAAGUUACAUCUUUCCUUUCGCACACUGGCUGGCUUUUUCCAACUCCAGCGUGAACCCCAUUGUCUACGGUUACUACAACAAAAACUUUAAGAGAGGUUUCCAGUCAGUUUGUAAGUCCAGGCCUUUCUGUUGCAACUUACAACUGAAGAGAAGGAUGGCCAGGUGGGGCAGGAAAGGGCAGUCUCAGCAAGCACCUUUUGGUGGCAGUGAUUCAAGAGAUGGCACAAACAACCACAACAACUUUGUGCUGGGACUUCGAAACCGCGUGCACAAUGACAACAAGUUGAACGACAUGCCAGAGGGGAACAGGGGCAUGAAAAUGGGGUGUGUGAUGGUCCACUCGGGUGGAAAUUCUUCAGAUCAAGGGUUAGAACUGGUACCCAUACAUAAGAAGAGCAGCACCGCAGAGGGCUCGGAAAAAGUCACCUCAAUGGCAGUUUCAGUUUAUCAGGCAUGGGAUGACUGAGCAUCAACACAGCCGAGAAAACAAAAGACACUAAACAAAGCCAUCAAGAAUUUGAAGGAAGCAACAGUUAUCUGUACUUCUGGGAGCAUCUCAUCUUCAACACAUGAUGACAUCACUGAAGCACAGUGAUGUCUAUUGAUGACGAAAUGGUCUAGAGUAGUAAUUAUUCUCAACAAUAUCCUAUUAGGGAAGGUUUUAUACAGAUCUUUAACACCAACCUUUAAACAGAGACAAUCAAGUAGAUUGUCAUUUUUCCAGUUUGGUUCAAAUGUAUGUUUUAGCUGUGCCUGUUGUUACCAUUUGAAUGUUCCUACAGGCAAAUCGAUAACAUCGAGCUUUCAUGUCGUCAGAGCCACAGACAGAAACAAGAACUCUGUUCUAAUGACGGACAGUAUUUUCAUCAUUCAUUCAUUCAUUUUCAUUGAACGUGCUAAAAUUGUACAGUCAAAGAAGAACAACCAGAAAACAGAUUCAGCAAAGAGGCAGUUAUUGUGCUCAAGGUAUUUAAUGCUCCACCAAGGCCACUGGUUUACAUAAUACAUGAUAGACAGUUUGUCUUGUUGAUUAAAUCAUGUUUAAAUAACAGUUUUAGGGGAAAAAAAUAGUUGGUGUAAAUAAGUUUAACAUCUGACUUUUAGUUAAAUAUUAUUUAAGGUGGUGUCAAAAACAAACAGUAUCGUCAAUAGUAAUUCAUAUAAGGUAAAAUAAAGAUUUCAAUUCUGGAUUUAAGGCACUGAAAACUACAUCAAUUUCUUGAAUUCAUCACAUAAUCCUGAUUUUAACAACAACAUUCUAAUGAACUAAUGGAUCAAUAUAAUCUUUCAUUAAUGUGUUUAAUCAUACCUGCAUUGCCUUUGUUUCCCAUCCUUAAGGCUUACCCAUAGCUCUUCUGUGCUAAAUAUAGUCUUAAAGUUAUUUUAGCAGCCAAAUUCUCAUCUUUUUUUUCUAAAAUAUAUUGAACAGCUCAGUGCGUAAGGGCCAGCAUUUACACAGCAAGACAGACUAAAUUAGUUCUAAACAGGUAAGUUAAUAACUUUAGAGUGCAUCUUAUUCGGAGUACUCAAAGAACAGAUGCAGACAAUGUAAGCUAUCCUGAAGUCCAUGACGAAAUGUGCCUUAAUGAGCAAAAAUCUACCUCCACAAAAAAAAUCUUUAAUAUUAUUAUUAUCUUUUAUUGACAUUAAAUACAGAUAUUUACAAAAGCACAAUGCUCUCAAAAACAAACCCCAAUUAAAGAUUCUUACACCUCUCUAGGACUUUAUAUAAAACUGUUUUUCAUCUGUCUUUAUCCAUUAUUUAAGCAUGAAGUUUAUUUUUCUUUAAUGAGACUGGCGUGAGCUUUGCGAAGAAUUUAGCAAUACGAAAGGUUUAAUAAGCGGCCCAAAAAUCUGCAGAAAAGAAGCUUGAAAAACCAGAUGGUAUUUGCACCUUGGUGACAUGUUAAUAUUUAAAAAAAAUAAUAAUCUGAAGUAGUUGUUUAAAGCAGAUACACUUUUUUCAUUAUCUCUGCAGAGUCCAAGAAGUGAGGCUUUUCUUUAAAAAAUGUUUCUCAUGAGGGUUUGUCUGUGUGGGAAAAAAAAGGACUGAAACUGUACAAAUCACCAGUGCUACAAGAUCUGAUUUUUAAAAACCUGAGCUGAUUACUGCUCAAGAAAACCUUGAAAUAAAAGUGAUCUUUAAAAAAAAAGGAAAAAGAUUCAAAUAAACAAAUCCACGACCGAUGUGUUUUGAGAGUUGAUUAAUUACUGGUGCAUGUGGGUGCUUACAUGCAUCGGCAACUGAAUAAAUUGCAGGUAGAAAUGAUUAUAAUUUGAUUAUGGUCUUCAGCAUGCUUAAUUGAUCAAGGGCAUUAAACAGCAGGCAAAAAUAGGAUUAUACUUUUGUUUGCAAUAAGCACAGCAAAGCUGCGUGGUA